CGCGAGUCUGGCGGGGCUGUGUCGACGCCAUGCAUGAGACACAAGUAGUCUCACACCGGUCAGCCGCACACUCCUCAUCAUGCUACAUGCGAGCGGCUCUGCUGCUCUCUUUCAGACGCGGACUACGACAUGACUGCUCAUCGUUCCCCUUCACUUUGUAUUUUCUUUGACCAUUUUGAUUGCGCCCAUCACCAUGUCGCUGAACGCUGUCCAUGAUCGCGGGGCGUACAGCGUCGGCAUUGUUUGCGCGCUAGCGAUUGAGAAAGCUGCAGCUGUCGCCAUGCUUGACAACAAGCACGAGCGCUUGCCGCCUGCUUCAGGCGACGAGAACGACUAUGCUUUCGGAACGAUCGGUGCGCAUAAAGUGGUCAUCGCUUGCCUCCCGGCGGGCACGACCGGCACGGUGUCUGCUGCGGUGGUGGCCCGCGACAUGACUCGCAGCUUUCCGAUCCGCAUCGGUCUGAUGGUGGGCAUCGCAGGUGGGGUGUGGAGCGAAGAGGUAGACGUGCGGCUCGGAGAUGUGGUCGUGAGCCAACCGAACGGCCAGCAUGGCGGAGUAGUGCAGUGGGAUUUCGGCAAAAUCGAGGCCGGUGGAAUCUUUCAACGGACGGGGAUGCUGAGCAAGCCCCCGCGUGAGCUCCUGAACGCUGUGCAAGGCUUGCAGGCGGAACACUUGCUGCAGGGUCAUAUGCUGGAGAAACAUCUUGCCGAGAUGCUGUCCAAGUAUCCCGCGAUGGAGGCGUUUGUACACCAGGGCGACGACAACGACGAACUUUUCGAAGCUGGUUAUGACCACGAACGCGGCAAUACAUGUAGGCAGUGCGCCCGCUCGCGCGUGGUGCAUCGGGAAGCACGCCAGAGCUGUCGUCCACGCCUGCAUUAUGGCAAUAUCGCCUCGGGCAAUGAAGUGAUGAAGGACGGACGCACGCGUGAUCGGAUUGCGCAGAAGGAGAGCGUGAUAUGCUUCGAGAUGGAAGCGGCGGGCCUGAUGGACUCGUUUCCGUGUGUUGUGAUUCGCGGUAUUUGCGACUACGCCGACUCGCACAAGAACAAGCGGUGGCAGCCGUACGCAGCUGCGGCGGCGGCGGCAUACGCACGGGAGCUGCUGCUAUGGAUGACCACAAUCGAGGUUGCCAAGAUCCGCCCUGUACUAGAAGCUAUAGAUGGAGUAGCGCCUCGUAAUUUCUCUGUCCCUUUCAGCCUGCAAGGCAUCCCGGCGACGGAGCAUUUCGUGCCUCGCAAACCCGAGAUGCAGCGUCUGACCGAGUUUUUCGCAACGACAUCGACGCGGUCGACGCAGCAGCGGGUGUUUGUCGUACACGGGACAGGCGGGAUGGGCAAGACGCAGCUGUGCGCCCAAUUCGCCAAGACGAGCGCAGAGCGGUUCAGCGCGGUGUUCUGGCUCGACGGAUCGUCCAAAGAUGCUCUGCAACGAUCAAUGGCGAGCGCCGGCGCGCGGUUGUCGACGCGUGCACAAGACGCGACGGCAAAGACGGAUGUCGCACAGUUGAUGGCUGACUUCCAGCAAUGGCUGUCACUCCCGGGCAACACGGACUGGUUGAUAGUGAUCGACAACAUCGACCGCGACUGGCAGGGCACAAUGAAGGACGCUCAGGCAUACAACUACCGUGACUUCCUGCCGCAUGCCAAUCACGGGAACGUCUUGAUCACGACACGUCUUCAGCGGCUGCAGCUACCAAAGGCCAGCCUUCAUUUAGAUGUCGCCGACGAUCAGCUGGCGAAAGAGAUGGUCGAGACACGUGCGGAUAAAGCGGUCACGAACAUUGAUCAAUUGCUGCCCAAGCUCGGCGGUCUCCCGCUUGCCCUCGCCCAAGCAGGGGCCUAUCUAGGCACGACCGGGAUGAGUGUCGCAGACUAUCUCGAGCAUUACGACGCGACGAUGGCGGAAUCGGUCGGCCAAGAAGUCGGAAAAGACCUCGGACUGCGGUUGGCUGCACAUGCGAAGGUGAUCGGGGCGCGAGUAGCAAUUUAUCGAUUGGAUGAAGCGGAACAAGCUCUAGAGUGUCAUCGGAUGGCCUACUUUCUAUCAGAUUGGGAAAAGUCUAAAGAAGUCGAGAAUUUGUACAUGCGGGCGCUGCGCGGGUACGAGAAGGCAUGGGGCGCGGAGCACACGUCGACGCUGGACACGGUGGGCAAUCUCGGCAAUCUGUACUACAGCCAAGGCAAGCUGGCGGAGGCGGAGGAGAUGUACUUGCGGGCGCUGCGCGGUCAAGGCAAGAUGGCGGAGGCGGAGGAGAUGUGCAUGCGGGCGCUAUGCGGGUACGAGAAGGCACGGGGACCGGAUCAUGCGGAUACGCUUCGAACGGCUACAAAUCUGCUCUCACUUUACAAGACGGAAGCCUUUAUACAUUUCACUCAUGUGAAUGCAAGAAAAUUGCGCCUUCCCCAAGCAUUCACGCCCUACGCAUCGAAUGGCGCCCGGUUCACACUAGAAAAGCUUAGCCGGCUGUUUGCUUGUUGCGAACGCCUGCUUCAGCAUAAAAUGGGCAUUGUCGGUAGGAUUCUGAUGUGGAUAGACGACCGCGAGCAUGCAAUUACUGCCUUCCAAUUUUACAGGAGCUCGCAAGAUGGGCCCGGAUGCGACGCCUGCGGUAAGAACCUGGGACCGGGCGACAGACAUCUAGUGUGCAAGUGCUGUCCGGAUGUCGAUCUGUGCGAGCCGUGUUUUCAAAACUCUACCAGUAGCAUUGAUCAAGACGAUGGUGCAUUUUCAGCAUGCGCGACUCACGACUUUCUGGACGUUCCCCGCACUCUGGGGACUCUUCGUGGAGAGCUCUUGAUCAACGAUUUCACGGCCAGGCAGUGGAUAAGUCAAUUGCUUGAGACGACCCACACAUUAGAAGCGAGGGAAUUUCAUUCGAAGGGCGGCGUCAAGUCCGUGUAG